AUGCAAGACGACUCUGUUAUGGACGUAGAUUCCGAAGUUUUAUACGCUGGCGAAGAAUCUGUUAAUAUUUUAAUUCAAGUUUUAUCAAAUGUCGUUAAAACAACAACUAGUUUAGAUCUACGUUAUAUCUGGAGCUCUUUGAGAGAGUUAAGUAGUAUUAGAAAGGACACUUUGGAUCAGCAAACAUUGGCUGCUUUAGUCGGUAUUUUAUACCCUGAAAGUUCUAUGUUCAAAAACUCCUUAUUAAAAUACAUUAAUGAUAAUCAAAAAAUUGAUGUUACAGAUGCAGAAAAGAUAAGGAAUUCUUAUCCAUCAGUUUUUUACGAAGUUACAAAUAAAAAGACAAUCGAAGUAGCUGCAGAAGUAAAUGCUUUUGUUCACUUAUUAGUACAAUUGUAUCUGUUAGAUUCUGGUAAGUUACAAGAAUUAGAUGCAUUUAAUAAAAAAAUUGUUAUACCAAAUGUGCUAUAUCAUUAUAAUAAACGUACUUUGAACCUUAUAAAUGCAAAAUUAUGGUUUUAUGUUGUUAUUUGUAAUGAAAAAUUAGGAAGAAAAACUGAUUUAAUAAUUCGUUCAGAAAUGAUUAAAUUCUUAAGAAUUGCAUCUUUAAAGCAUGAUCAUGAAACAAAAGCAAUGUUAAUCAAUUUGAUAUUAAGAGACUGUCUAUCAGCUGGUGAUAUUGAAGCUGCUGCUGAUUUUGUUGCAAAAGUUGACUUCCCUAUAACUGACGUUUCCAGUUCAUUGGAAGCUCGUUAUUACUUUUACUUAUCAAAAAUUUAUGCCAUUCAAUUAAAUUACUCAACUGCCAAUGAAUACAUCAUUUCUGCAAUCAGAAAGGCACCAAACACAAAUAAUAGUUUAGGAUUUUUACAACAGGCUUAUAAGUUACAAUGCGUUAUUGAAUUAUUAAUGGGUGAUAUUCCUGAAUUAUCCUUUUUUACACAAAGUAAUAUAAAAAAAUCUUUAGAACCAUAUUAUUACAUUUCUAACGCUGUCAAACACGGUAAUUUACAAAAGUUCACGUCCGCUAUAAAAACUUAUAAACAACAAUUAAUCAAAGAUGGGAACUAUCAAAUUUGUGUUAGAUUAAGAUCAAAUGUAAUCAAAACAGGCAUAAGAAUAAUAUCUCUAACAUAUAAAAAGAUUUCAUUAAAAGAUAUCUGUUUAAGAUUACAUUUAGAUUCCGAGCAAACUGUAGAGUAUAUGGUAUCAAGAGCUAUUAGAGAUGGUGUCAUUGAGGCUAAAAUAAAUAACGAGGAAGGUACUAUAGAGACCAGCGAACUAUUAAAUACAUAUGGCACAACUCAACCACAACAAAUGUUUGAUGAAAGAAUCAAUUUCGUUAAUCAAUUACAUGAUGAAUGUGUUAAAGCAAUGAGAUAUCCUGAUAAGAAAAAGGAUAUGAUAGGCAAGAAAGAAAAUCAAGAUGGAUUUUUAGAUAAAGAUAUUUUCGAUGAUUCAUCAGAUUUCUCUGAUAUCGAGGAUUUUGGUUUCCUAUAA